UUUGGAAGAAUCAUCCAGACCCAAUCCACAAGAAGAUAUAUAGUGUGUCGAAAGAGGAAGAUAGAGUUGUUAAUAGUCAGUAGCCAUGGUCGCUUCAGGUUCAGGAGUUGUUAUGUUUGGUUGCCUGGUUCUGGCAUUCAUGGUGGUGGCUGCACCCAAUGCGGAAGCCGCGAUAACGUGUGGUAUGGUUGCUACCCAGAUGACCCCAUGCGUCAAUUACCUGCAAAACGGUGGACCGGUGCCGGCCGCUUGCUGCAACGGCGUGAAGACCCUCUAUGGCGCGGCUAAGACCACGCCGGACCGUCAGACCACGUGUUCGUGCAUGAAGUCCGCGGCAACUCAGGUGCCUACUAUCAAAGUGGGUAACGCGGCCUCCCUCCCCGGUAAAUGUGGGAUCACCAUACCUUACAAGAUCAGCCCCACUACCGACUGCUCCAAGGUGAAGUGAAAUCGAUGUGGUUGAUUUGCUACGUACGAGUUAGGACUAGGAAUGCAGAAUAAUGUGGAGAUGGGAUGCACCCAGCAGCAGAGACAAUACUGGAGUGGCCCUUUUGAAUGUGUUUACGACGUUAGAUGUAUGUUAUGGUCCAUGGUUGUUGUUGUAGUAGGAUACAUAAUUAUCUAAUCUAUCAAAGUCAUGUCCUCAUGCUACAUGUGGGCUUCCUUUCAAUUACUCUUUCAGCAGCUUUUGCAUUAAUAAAAUUUCAGCUUUUACUUCCCA